AAUAGGUUAAUCAUUUCCUAGACAUUUCAUCAUUACAUAAUAGCAUUUUCAUUUUCUCAAAAUUUUAGUAUGCCAAAUGCCUAAAAACAAAUCACAAAAAAUUCUCAUACCUCGAGGUACUAUCGAUCCAAAUGAAGAUACCCUUAUUGAAAUUCCUAAAAAUUUACAGGAACGACCUGUUGUUGUCGCUAGCAGAGGACCCAAUCAAACUCAUUUAAGUUUUCGAUCGGAUCACAUAGGCCCAAGCAACAUAAGCUCUCAAUAUGCACCUAUGCAAACCACUAAUCCCAAUAUAACAUUAGGUCAAACCUAUUAUGAACCUGCUGCUGCUAAUACCAGCACUUUUUAUCAACCUCAACCAAUUCCUACAAGGAACCAAGUGCCAAUAAGAACCGAUGAUAGCUUUUCUCCAACCCACAAUAGCACCGUACAUUCACCAAACUAUUAUUCCAGUCAUGACAUUAGUGCUUCUUUAUUAGCAGACUUAAAUACUACUGAAUUAGAAGAAAAAUCUUUAGUGCAACAGAAGCUAGAAGCUUUCCAGGAAGCAAGGCGUCAAUUCCUACUUGAAACGACUACUAUGGUGGCAACUAGUACCUCACCAUCAGCUUCUAGUUGCUAUACGAAUGAAUCUGUAUUUGACCAAACAUAUUCAGGACAUCUGCCUCAGAAAAAGAAGAAAAAAAAGUCUGGAUGCUUGGAUACUAGUAAAGGAAGUUCAUCCUCGAUUAAAAGUAACUGUAGCCAAAGAAGAAGUAGCCGGAGGGUCCAAGCAAAAAUUGAAGAUUCUGAAGAUGAAGACGACGAUGCUAAUGUUACUUGCGUUUGCCCUUCGAAAUCCAGUAUAAAUUAAAUUAUUUUAUACGUAUUUAGAUAAAGAAAAAACAUUAAUAGUUAAUAACAUUGUUUAUGAUAAUAUCAACAAAAUAUGUGUGACAUAUGAUAAUUUUUUAUACACUAAGAUUUUUAGAAAAUAUAUUUUUGCGAAACAAA